AUGGCGAGGCUAGCUUUAGAAGACACGUCUUGGGUUGCCGAGCACUUGCCCAACUGGCAACGGGCGAUCUAUACCGUCGACGAUCCCUCGGCCCGACUCCACACAUCCACUAAUAAAGGGCACGAAUCCCUCGCUUACCUCACUUACAUCAUAUCGAAUUACCACUCUCUCCCCUCUACCCUUGUUUUCCUCCACGCUCAUCGCAGUGGUCGCGAACAAGGUUGGCAUAUCGACGCUUGGGACUGGGACAAUGUUCGCUCUAUGAAAUCCCUUAACCUGUCGUACGUCCAGGAAUCCGGAUACGUCAACUUGCGAUGUAAUUGGAAACCAGGCUGCCGACCCAAGGAUAUCAAGCCAAAUCUUCACGUCUCGAAGCAAUUGUGGCUUGACGUUUUGGGCUCAGGAUCUAAUGGGACGGAGGAUGAGGUGCCGGAGAUGGUGGGUCAACCGUGUUGUGCACAGUUCGCAGUUUCGCGACUUCAAGUCAUGAAGAGACCUCUCGAGGACUAUAUCAGGUAUCGUCAAUGGGUUCUAGAUACAGAAUUAGAUGACUACGAAAGCGGAAGGGUUAUGGAGUUUUUGUGGCAUGUAAUUUUUGGGAAGGAGCCACUUUUUUGUCCAGAGCCAAGUACUUGCUAUUGUAAAGUAUAUGGGAGAUGUGACUGA